UCGCCGCCAUAUUGGAUGUGUGCAGGCUGCGCUGUAAAUGAAUACAAGUAAAUGUACUUACUUUCAUAAAGUAGUUCUACAAAUACAUUUUAGUUCAUCCCUCUCGUUUAUACACUCGUUUAUAAUGUUAAUUCAUCUAAUUUAUACAUACACACACGCACUAAUAUACCAUUAACUUAAUUUUCUUUGUAGAAAGGCGCUUUAUGAAAGAAAGUACUUGUAUUCGUUUACAGCGCAGCCUUGACACAUCCAAUAUGGCGGCGUCUACGUAUAUACUAUGGCUAUGGUAAAAGAGAUCAACUUUAUUGCCAAUAAAAACCGGACAAUAGAUGGGAUUCUAAAGGCUGGCUCUACCCACACUUAUGUUGUCGUUCGUUGACGACCGACACAGUUGACCAUGUUUGUUGUCUGAAAAAGUCUGUUGUUCGCACUUGUAUUAUUCACAGCUACAGAUGUGUCACAGUGUGUGUGCCUGAGACAAAGCGAAUGUUUGCGGACAUAUUGGCACUUUUUUUUUUAGCAGUGACCACCAUCAACAUGUUCAGAUAGGCUUUUCCGAGCAUUCAAACUGAAGCCACUUUUCAUUUCUGUUAUCGCUGCUGUGCAUUGAAGCCAGCCUGUGUGGAAAUGCUGAGGCAGUGGCGCUUCUACAGCUUCAGUGGCGCCCUGUGCCAAUAACAUCUUGCCGCAACCUUGAGUCGCACAGAACACGGUCGGGGGCAAACUUGAACUUGAAGGAUAUGCUCGGCUGAUGGGUCGUCCGCGAACGAUCAGGCGUAUAGAGCCGGUGUCGUGAAGUUGGUAUCCUCGAUAGAAAGUGUGUCCCGUUCCGCGGGAGCAUGCACAACUAGAUUGUCAAAGAUGUUAGGUAUCCUAACACGUGACAUUCCUACCGAAAUUAAAGCUUUUGAUUCUGUAGUUGCAUGUCGCCCAAAUUAGUAUCAUUCAUUGCACUGUAUGACAUGUCUUAUUAUCCUUCCUUGAAAGGAAAACUGCGCUAUUGUUGGACGUUUGCCCAUCAUUCACAAUCCUUAUGUGAGACAUGAUCACACGUCUGUGCGUUGUAAAGGUUUAAAAACAGCGAAAAGACUUAGCUAAGAAUGCACGUAAUGGGAAACACAUAAAUGGGAAACUCCAAAAAGCGCCAACAAUGCUCCAUUUACAUCGUAUAAUGUGACGUAUAUAUUAACCAAGCUACAGCGACAUUGUUAAUUAUUAUUAUUAUUAACAUUGUUACGCCGAUUGAACUACAUUACUGGCGUAUUGACACCUUGCCACACCACACCGGCUAGCUACUAGCUGGCUAGCGACUAGCUUCACCACACACUUACUCACAAUGCCUCAGGCCACUAGCGAAAGCCAGGAAGGAAGUUCUGGCAAUGCUUAAAUGGACCAAAAUACAGCAAAAUAAUGUUAUCUGCUUACUCCAGGAGGAGACCCAUCUCAUUGUGGCUUUCCUCCUUCCUCCGUGAGACAGCCUUUCAUCCACACGGAAACGGUGACUGGGUGCCCUGAAACGGUAUUUUUUUGAAAAUUUGAAAACGCCGGCUUGUUGUUUCCGAAGAGAUGAGGUAUGAUGACGCCAGCGACAUCUCGCCAUCACGUGACCAGAACCUUCGUCACGUUGCAGGAAAUGCCGUCGUUGCCUUGGACAAACUUUGGGAAGUUGAUGUAAGCAGAACCUGCACAUGGUGAUGGCAAAGUGAUACAGACAGACAAGAGGAAGCUUAUUUGUUGUGUGCGUGUGUUUGUGUGUGCAGGUGCGUGCGUGUGUGCAUAUGUGUGUGUGUGUGUGUGUGUGUGUGUGUGAGGGAGGGAGAGAGGGAAAGAGAGAGCGGUCUGAUAAAGCUCUCCAAGUUUGACAGCUUCUGCAGGCUAAAAAGGAGACCUCCGACACGCUGUGAUGGAUUCACGGACCACCAGUGGAUCACUUGUAACAGGAUUUUACCUUUGGGCGACUUUGUGCUGUCAAGGCUGGCGUGUUUUAUAUAUUUACACGUUAUGCAGACAGUGCAGGUCAGUGUGUUUGUGCAAGUCUUUCUCUUUAUGACACCAACCACAUCUGGAUGAGAGAAAGGAGGGCACACCAGCAAUGAAGCACGAAGCCCAAAGGGACGUUCAUCUCCUCCAAGACUAAUCUGCAGUCGUAAUGAAAUGCGUGAUUCGCGGUGCAGAAAGCCCAUCAAGGAAGUUCAAUCUCUUUAACAUCUCUGGCGCACGUGUGAUUUCAUGAUUGCAGUGUGCUAUGCUUGAAGUGUAAGAUAGUUUAGUUGAUAGUGGACCUGUUCUGCUUUCCAAUCCGGUCGAUGGUGGAAGUGUUUGGUUGGUGCGACAACAGGUUUCGUAAAUUGUUGUGUGUCUUUAAUUUACAGGUUAGACCCCAAUGUCCUCAUAUAACAAAUCACUUUAUAUUCCUAUCAGCACAUGCUGCCAAACGCUUUGUUUCGCCUGCGAGGGGUUUGUGUGGGGGGUUUUACCCCCCAGGUACUCUGGUUUUCCCCCACAUGCCCAAAACAUGCAUGUCAGGUUAACUGGAGACUCGAAAUUGUCAAUAGGUGUGAAUGUACGUGUGAAUGCUAAUGAGUCCCUGCUUAUUCCCGAUUCAACAUUAGCAUCUGCGCAAAUGUACACCUUUUUUGUGUCAAAAACAUUUUCAAUUUUUUUUUAUUUUCUAAAAAUCACAAUCUAAACAAUGUAGUUUUAAUUUUUUAUACAUUUUAUUUACUUGUUUUAAUAUGAAUGCCCGUGUCCACCACUGAAAGAAAAAACUAUCCCGGUGAUGUCAUAAUUAUGAAAUUAAAAAGUCAUAAUUAUGAGAAAAAUAGUCCACAUUUUGAGAUAAAAAAUAAUUCUGAGAAAGGUCUGAUGAAAAGUCAAAAUUAUGAGAUAAAAAGUAAUUAUGGGAAAAAAGUCGACAUGAGAUAAAAAGUUGUAAUUGUGAGGAAAAAAUUUCAUAAUUAUGAAAAAAAGUCAAAAUUAUGAGAUAAAAGGUCGAAAUUAUGAGUUAAGAAAGUCAUAAUUAUGAGAAAAAAGUUGAAAUUAUGUGAUAAAAAGUCAAAAUUAUGAGGUAAAAGGUCGAAUUUAUGAGAUAAAAACGUAAUAAUUAUGAGAAAGAAGUUGAAAUUAUGUGAUAAAAACUUGAAAUUAUGAGAUAAAAGGUCGAAAUUAUGAGUUAAGAAAGUCAUAAUUAUGAGGAAAAAAGUUGAAAUUAUGUGAUAAAAAGUCAAAAUUGUGAGAUAAAAGGUUGAAAUUAUGAGAUAAAUACCUAUGAGAUAAAAGGUCGAAAUUAUGAGACAAAAACUUAAUAAUUAUGAGAAAAAAAGCUGAAAUUAUGUGAUAAAAACUCAAAAUUAUGAGAUAAAAAAUUAUGAGAAAGGAAAUUCAUAAUUAUAAGAUAAAAAGUAAAAAUGAUUAGAUAAAAACUUCAUAAUUAAGAGAAAAAAGUCCAAAUUAUGAGAUAAAGCAUCCAUCCAUCCAUCCAUUUUCUAUACCGCUUCUUCCUUAUGAGAAAAAAGUCAAAAUUAUGAGAUAAAGCAUCAUAAUUAUAAGACAAAAGUCAAAAUUAUGAGAUAAAAAUCGAAAUUAUGUGAUACAACGUCAUAAUUAUGAGAAAAAAAAGUCAAAAUUUUGAGAUAAAAAAUAAUUAUGAGAAAGGAAAGUCAUAAUUAUGAGAUGAAAAGUCAAAAUUAUGAGAUAAAAUAUGGGAAAAAAGUCAACCUGAGAUUAAAGUUAUAAUUGUGAGAAAAACGUCAUAAUGAUGAGAAAAAAGGUCAAAAUUUUGAGAUAAAACUCGAAAUUAUGAGAGAAAACAUCAUAAUUAUGAGAAAAAAAGUCUAAAUUAUGAGAUACAAAUGGCUCAUGUGCCGAAUGCCAUGGUGGUGGUGAAGUUAGUUUCACAUUGGACCUUGGGUAUUGGGCUCUGUAGCUACAGCGGUAGUUCCCUCUCACUGUGCCCAGACUGCUGUGUCAUGGUGCGGGGAGCUCGCACGGAAAGUGCUGCUCUAACUGCUGGUUGUUUAUACUAGGAACCGUCACUAAAUUACUAUUGUAUUGAAGAUAGUUUGUUAAAAAAAAGUCAUAUAGCACCCUAAAAGUAUUUUGAAUGCCCAUUUUUUUCCAAUUUGAUCUUUUAUUGGAUGAACUUUGUUGGAUCUUUUCUUGGAUUGGGACCUGACUCACACAGGUUUGUUACAAAAGCCAAACAAUAUUGUUGGUCAUGCUGUGUAAUACAAAAGUACAUUCAGCAAUACUUUGGUUGCAUUAUUUUUAUCUUUGAAGAGCUAUUUUCAUAACCAUAUUCAGUUCCACAAAUUGAUGUUUGUAACGGAAGCUUAUUUAAAAAAAAAGGAUCGGACAAAAAAAAUGGGAUGGGAAGCCAGAAAAUGUGGAUCAGGACAUCCCUAGUUGAUAUUAAUAUUUUUUUAACCUAUAUGACAAAGCUGAGCUGACAUAUAUAUAACUUCUUAGCAUGUCUACAUGUGUUGUUUUACAAAAUUUCAAAGUGGCAAAGUUGCAUUCUUUCAAUUUUCUCAAUUUUUGCCAUCGCUGGAAAAAGUUUGGACACCCCUGCUUUAGGCAAUUAGGGGUUAAAAUUGACCUUCAAAAGAGACCGUAAAGACGUAACAGUUCAGUAUGCUGCAUGAUUUUGAUGAUAAUGUUUGACAUAUAAAUGUAUUUCUCUUCAUUAUUCCGAAUGCAAAUCGUGAAAGAAAAAUAUGUGUGUGAUUGGAAAUGCAGCGUGACACGUCAUGACAUUUAACGUGAUGACAUAACAGGGGAAAUACUGGAUAAUACAAUCGCAGGGCCAAUAUAGAUGAAGGAAAUGAAAGGAGCAUCCAUCAAGGAAAAAGUAAUUAUGUAUGUGCUGAAAUGCAGAUUCCCACGUGUAUGAAUCCAUACAAAUUGGUUCGCUGACAAAAUACUGAAACAAAAAUUGAUUGUAAAACUCUGAAUGUUUUUUUUUUCCUGACACAACCUUAAAAACAUCGUUUACUGCAGCAACCUGCGUGUCACCGUAUGAGGUAGUAGGUCUUGAGAAAAAGCAAUGAAAAAACAGUUUUGAGAGCACAGAUAUAAAGCACGCACCCGCACAUUUGUGAUUUUUGCAGAUUUUUGCUCAGAAAACACAUCAUGACAGGAAAUGCCCCAAUUAUCCAGGCUAAAAAAAUAGUUAAUAUGGUCAGAUUUUGAGAAAAUGCCACAUUGGCACUGACAAAUACGUACAUAAGUAAGCGGCCUACAUACCUUUUAUCCCGGUUCCCCUCAAGCGCAGCGCCGGGAUUGGAACAUACCAGUAGAAUGCGCCUUGAGUUAAGUUAACUUAAGUUUUCCGGAGUUGUUGAUACCAGAAGAAAUACCGAUGUAGAUUGUUCUGCAUCCAGACUGGCUAAGGCUCUUCAUGGAGGACAAGUAGGAGGAGUAAAAUACGACGACAGGAGCAAAAUGAUUUAACAAGGAUACAAAAACGCCACAGACUAGCGGCGCCAGGACGAAGAAGCACGGUCGAGGGAGUGAAAUACGCGUGAGUCACUUGGUAAUUUCUUGUGUCCAAACUUGUAGGUUGAUCAUUCAAAUUCAAACAAAAUCAAAAUCCAAAAGAACUUUGAGAGUGUUUAAACAAGAGAGUAAUGUGAGAAAAGGUUAAUGCCUGUCUGAGAAAAGUGUAUCAAGUGUAUGAUGAGGGUUUUACAGCCUUAAAAAAUAUACAAUAAUUGUAAAAAAAAUAUAUAUAUAGUUGGCUACUUCACGUUGGCUAUUUCACUUAUUGCGGGAACCUAUCCCCGCGAUAAACCAGGGAACAUUGUAAUAAGAAUACUUGCGAAAUAAAUUGUUUGAUAAUUAUUUAUAUAAAAUAUAAAAACCUAUAACACCUAUCGCACAAAAGCUAAAAUGUCAGUCCUCGAAUAGCAUAUAUUAUAUUUAUUGUACAAAAUGUAUCAAAGUAGCCCCCCGUCCUUUCAUUUUUAUGUGUGCAACCCUUGCUGGAAAGUGUUUGGACACCCCAGAUCUAGGUAUAUAUAUAUUUUUUUAUGUGAACAAAUCAUUUUGAAUAUAAUUGCUAUUUAUUGCCAUCAGACUUCACAUGGCUGCAGUGACAUGGGUGUUUAUCGCUGCAAUGUUCACGUCCGUGGUUUCUUCUGUGAACUCUUAUUGUCCUCCGCUAUGUCAAGUCUUGGGACGCUGCCUCUUGGGGACAAGUCCGUGUCCCUUCCAAGUGUAAGGUCAGUGUUGCUGCAAGGAACAAGCUGUUAGGAUGCUGGCAGUGUAAAGCAACAGUAUGGUGCAGAAAAACAAACCCACUUUAGGACGUUGCCAGUUGACCCAAUGGUCAAGUAAGAGGAGAAGAAUUAGAAGUAUUCAUGAAGUGUUGGUACCAUUUUGCAAUGUUGUUUUAGAAGAUAGUACACAAAUACUUACUGCUUUGAUUUAUUUUUCUGUACAUGUGCAUUCGUAUGACCACAAAUGAAACACUGACGUAUUCCAAUUGUGGUGUAGAAUGAAACCUUGGUUAGCGUCAUUAAUCCGUUCCAGGAGGUCCCACUCAAACUGAAACGGAAGCUAACCGAAACAGGUUUUCCUCAUAAGAAAUUAUGUAAAUCCAAUUCUUCUGUUCCAGAAAGCCAAAAAAUUUGUAACACAUAACAUGUUUUUAUAGUUUUACAAUUAUAGCUUUACAUGUGGCAAACAAUUCAAAAUGCAUGUAAAUGAUGAAUGAACGUGUUAAUGAACAUUUAAGGUUAUUAAAACGUGAUUGUUGACAAAGACCUUUGUGUUUUGCAGUGUUCUAGUUAACUUCAGUGGCUGUUCUGUUCGCUAAGGACAGGGGACUAAGUGAUGCGUACCAAAAGCUCGGUAUCGUAGUGGCACCAGUAUCAACCAAAAAACUAAGUGCCUCGUUUCAGUGUUAUUAGUGGCAAAAAAUGUAGUAACUGUCGUGAUAGUGUUACGCUUGACGAUAUUUACUCAGACAACGAUGAGAAUCUAGGUCAAAUGUUCAGGAUGCUGGAAAGUUUGCUUGUACUUCACCUCAAAAGAUGCCGACUCAGCCACCUGCAACAAGUACCUCAAGGCUGCCAUGGUGGCGUAUACCAGAGGAAGUUGUACCAGGACCUAAUGGUCAACUACACUCGUCUGGAGAGACCGGUCCAAAACGACUCAGCGCCCAUCCUGGUUGAACUCGGUUUCACGUUGCUGCAGAUCAUCGAUGUGGACGAGAAGAACCAAGUUUUGAUCACUAAUGCCUGGCUGCAGCUGCACUGGACGGAUAUCUACCUGACAUGGGACCAAGAGAACUACCCUGGUGUUCAGAACCUGCGAUUCCCUUCCAAUUUGAUAUGGGUGCCAGAUAUUCUCCUCUACAACAGUGCUGAUGAGAGGUUUGACGCAACGUUCCAUACAAAUGUGCUGGUCAACGCCACAGGAGCCUGCCAGUAUAUCCCGCCAGGCAUCCUGAAGAGCACGUGCUACAUCGACGUGCGGUGGUUCCCAUUCGACGUGCAAAAGUGUGACCUCAAGUUUGGCUCCUGGACGCACAACGGCUGGCUUCUGGACCUCCAGAUGAUGGAUGUGGACAUCUCCACCUACAUACCUAAUGGCGAGUGGGACCUUGUUGGUGUGCCGGCCAAACGCAAUGAGCUGUACUACGACUGUUGCAAAGAGCCGUACCCUGAUGUGACGUUCACUGUCACCAUGCGCCGUAGGACACUUUACUAUGGUCUCAACUUGCUUAUCCCCUGCGUGCUCAUCUCCGGCCUGGCCCUGCUGGUCUUCCUGCUCCCUGCAGACUCUGGGGAGAAGAUCUCACUUGGCAUCACCGUGCUGCUGUCUCUGACGGUGUUCAUGCUGCUGGUAGCGGAGAUCAUGCCUGCGACAUCAGACUCUGUUCCUCUGAUUGCGCAGUACUUUGCCAGCACAAUGAUGAUUGUGGGCUUAUCUGUGGUCGUGACAGUUCUGGUUCUACAGUUCCACCACCACGACCCCCAUGGAGGAAAGAUGCCCAAAUGGGUCCGAGUCAUCCUCCUCAACUGGUGUGCUUGGUUUCUGCGCAUGAAAAAGCCUGGAGAGGAAGUAAAAACAAGAAGCCAGCCCAGGAGUUGCUCAACGUACAAGUACCCCCACGCCUCUCCUCACCACACCAGCACCAACAGCGUCCAGAUGAGCAGCAUACCAGGCCAGGCAUCGCAGUCAACCAUCAAUGGGAAUAUGAACCUCUACGUGGGAUAUCAUUCCACGGGAACAGACAACGCUUCUUUCCCGCCCAGUGCUGAUUCGGGUGUGCUGAUGUGUAGCAGCGGUGGUGGAGGAGGUGGCGACAGACCCGCUGGCUUGUCGCCGGGUGACGUCCACUCGGCUCAAACAAGGACUAUAUUUCUGGAGCAACUACCGGAAAUUUCCCAGAUCUUGGAGGAAGUGCAGUACAUCGCCAGGCGCUUCCGAGAGCAGGAUGAGGGAGAGGCCAUCUGUAGCGAGUGGAAGUUUGCAGCGGCGGUGGUGGAUCGUUUGUGCCUGGUGGCCUUUUCGCUCUUCUCCAUCAUCUGCACGUUCACCAUCCUCAUGUCUGCUCCCAACUUCAUCGAGGCCGUGUCCAAGGACUUCACAUGAAGCGGAGCACCUCAUGUUAAACACACCACACACAACCCAAGCCCGAAAACGGGGGCGAGCGAACUGCGACCCGCGGGCCACAUCAGAUCCGCCAAACGUCUUAAUCCGGGCAUUUCCAAAUGACUUUUCUUUUUUUAAACCUUUAACAUCAGAACUGCAGCUGGCAACAUGACUUGCAGUGCUACUGUGGCACGCUCGGGUCGCACAGGAAAUGACGCAAUCUGUAGCAUACAAAAAACGAUCCAAACAACAGAACACGUCAACACACAUGUGACGCACUUACUGCACCAUGUGGGCAAACAACUAAUGUCUACGCACAGCACCCAUGCCAAAAUUACACCCGUAUAUUCCCGCCGCAAGGCAUGCUGGGUAGCUUGUGGACCUCUCUCAACGUGUCGCCAUGUUUGUUGCAUUUUUGCUUAAUUGCAAAACAUGUUGAGGAGUUUGCCAGGUAAGUAAACGUUCAUUCGCCACAGGACUACCCAGCAUGCCCUGCGGGCACUUGUACUGUAAAUAACAGCUUAAGUUACAAGUUUAGUUGUUUGUCACCCACGUAGUGGCAGUCGUUGAUGUGAUACGUUAACUUGCUGUGGAUGUGUUAUUCCGUUGCACCGUGAGUAUGUCGUUCUGUUUGAUGACCCCCCCAUGUAUAGUCGGCCCCUCGGCCAAAUUGUUUAAGCCAAUGUGGCCCGCGAGUCCAAACGUUUGCCCACCCCUGCCCUACAAGAUCCUGCAUUCUACAGUUGCUGCUUCCAUACGUCAGACACCUUCUAUUUCUCAUUCUUUCGUCUGGCAGGGAUGCGAUCAAAUGUUUCAUGAUUCAGCAAAAAUCAGCUGGUAUCAGUAUAACACUCAUCUAUCCGUGGCUGCCACAAGCGCACCUGUUGGCCCGGGCUCAUGAGCGCAUUCUAAUGGGACAGUGAAUGUAACUAGUCGUUCCAACUCCAUACAGUAGGUGGCAUCGUAACUCUGCUUCUUAAAAGGAAAAAUGCACUUUUUAAAAAAAUCAUCCACAAUCCUUGUGUGAGACAUGAACACACUCGUCUGUGCGUUCUGAAGAUAUAAAAACAGAUCAACGAGACAGCUCAUUAAUGCACGUAAUGGGACACACCUCCCAACAGGCCCCUUCAUGAUAGCAUGUAAUACUGAACUUUUUAGCUGUUUUUAUAUCUUUACAAAGAGAAAGGAUUGUGGAUGAUGGGCAGUUUUCCUUUAAUGCACCUCAUGCGCACCUGGUCUGCCAGAGAAUAAGAAGACGUUGCAGGAGGGAUCAGUUUUGCGUUUACCGAGUAUUCAGGGCCCUCUAGAUUUAUUUAUUUUUUUUAAAAAGCGACUAGCGACAAAUCCAGCGUCUUCUUCUGGUCAUAUUGGACACACACUUUUGGAGAUUCUAGCGUGAAAGCAUGCAUCGCUCUUCUCAGCGAGCAGCGGGUCCUGCCAUACCAACUGAUACCCCGUUCCUUUCAUUCCUGCACAGGUCAAAAGGUGGCUCUGUACAUUGGGUGCACAAGUUGAGUGUGUCAGUCACGUUCAUUUAAAUGUUUAUCUUCCGUCCAGUGUGCAAGCUUCACACUGUCAUUGGCUGAAAGACAAUAUUUGCUCCUCUGAGGGAUUUCCAAAUCUACUCUGACCCAAUCUACUGUUGACCCAGUAGAGACGCUGAGUGCUUUUUCUAUUUCACACUGUAAUACCCAGUGAAAGACAAACACUUCACUGUAAUCACUGGGAAACAUCAUGCAGGGAGGAUUAGCGCCCUUAUAUAACACAUUUUACACUUCACUUCCAUGUCCCUUCCGAAUGUCAGCUGUACAGCUUUUCAAUGGCAGCGACUUAUUUACUGAUCUUUGAUCGAGUUGUUGGAACACCAAGAGAAACUGGAAGCACCAACGUCUGGCAUUGACACACUCAAGCGAAACUGUAAGAACUCCUGUCACCAGUGACUACCUUUAAACUGGAGUCAGAAAUAUCCUGCAAGUGGUUGGCGGCCAGUCCAGGGUGAUCCCCGCCUCUCGCCCAGAGUCAGCUGGGAUAGGCUCCAGCAUACCUCAGCGACCCUAGUGAGGACAAGCGGCAUAGAAAAUGAAUGAAAGUCAGAAAUAUUGUGAUAUUACCAGAAGUUACUCCUUAUCUGGACAUCCUUCCAUCUACGGGAAUGGGGCUUUUGGGAGACCCUGGGCUUAUGUAAUGGAUGUAUUUUACACUUAAGGAAUUUAGCAACACAUGUUAGAAAAGAACACCAUCAGGUCAAGUUGACCUCCGCUUUAGUGCAAAGAAAGAGUCAAUCUACAAUGGGGGUCCCAAAACCCCCCAAAACAAACAAAAAUGCCCCUUGUUGAUAUAUUAGAUUUCCACCCUGGGAGCUUUUGAAGUGAUGAGCUUUGGCCUUGACUAUAUUUGUACAAAAUUAAAAAAAAAAUCUUUGACAUGAAUCGAUCAUCUUUUAGUUCAGCAACAACACGCACCGUACGAUUGGGUGGUUUCACAUCUUCCAGCUCACAGCUACACAACAAUACUGUUUUAUUUUAUUUAAAUGUUGAUGUGUUCAUUUAAACCUGCAGGCUCAGCAAUAAUGUGAGUUUCUUACAUCAAAGCCAAACAAAGGGACAGGUGUCAUGGAUUCUGCAUCUAAAUUACAGAAUAUGUGCGAUGGCGGGAAAAAGCUAAUACAAAGAAUCAAUGGCACUUUUGUUCUGUGCCUGUUGUCACAUGUAAAGCACCAUGCUACUGUGUGUGGAACAUGCAGAUUCCUAUUCAGGAAAUCCAGACCUCAAAGCUGGAAAGACUUCUGUUGGUGUGGACACUUGACUUGACGUCACAAGGUUGAAGAUGAAAAAAAAAGAUAAACAAAAAAAAAAACCCACUGGUGUUGUGCUUUGAUCAACAUAAGUGUUUACUUUGUGGUUUCACUGUGGUUUGUUCUACUUUGAAGGAUUGAAGUCAAGAAAAAUAAAGAACAUACGUUCAAACUUGCAUUUUAAUCAAUAUUCACCACUACAGCAUCCAUCCAUCUAUUUUAUUCCACUUAUCCGGGUCCGGGUCGCGGGGGUGUAACCCGCUUGGCU